AGCCUAGAUAGUAUGGUUGGUCCUCUGGCUGUAAGUGUAUCGCUCCUCUAGCCUUUGACGUGGCCGGCAGAACUCAACGCAAAGUCUCCCUCUUCUCAGUCUUCACCUUGCUUGAAGGGCCGGGAGCCAGUACAGAUGAAUGAAAAGUCCUCACCUAGGGUCAGCAGCAGAUCUGCUUGGGCGACGAAAACUGGUCCGCUAGACCGUCACCAUAAUGUGGGUGCUGCCGCUGCCCGCUGAUGCCACUCAGAAGCGGGUGCUCAUCUGCUGGACUCAUCAGACAUGUCGGCGUGGAGGCCAAGUGUUUAUCUGACGAGCUCGAGCAGGGAAAAGCGGUGUCUGCCAAGGGUAGGGAGAUAAGCUGACAACGCUGCAGCCGGCGCGCUCAAGCCGUUAUGUGUCGACGGGAAGGCUGCACAAGAGAGCCCCACACAGACAUGCAGAGACACAACAAUGGCACUUCGUUUUGGCAGUCUCUCACAUUAUUUGUGUGACCAGGCCUCACUCAGGCGAUGUGGGGCGCCUUAUCUUGUGCGGCGGUGAACAGAGAAGCGGCUGUGGGGGAGUGAGCAACAAUACGCCAUCAGUUGAGUCGAUGAUGACACACCCACGCCGCGUCGCGCGGCUCCAAAACCACCAUAACUAGUACACACAAAGCCAGACACACAGGGGGGAGACACAUGAGCAUCUGACUCGCUCAGUAUGCCACUCUCUCACCUUGGUUGUCUGUCCACGUCUGCCUUCCUUGCUCACGCAAUGGGCCUGAACUCCAACACGAUGGAUCCUCGCAGAUUCCUUAGGUCUUCGAUGUCGGAAAGCGCCAAGGAAACGAAGCAGGCGGUGAGUCCCACCAGGGCCAUCCAGAUGUACCCCACAGCCCACACGAAGCUGGGCACCACGAACGGAAUCGCAAACAGGCCGCCCAUGUUAUUGGGCGUCAGGGCUAGGGCAGCUCAACUUGGCUGAUGAUGUAGAGGUAACGGUAGACGUACUCGGCUGAGCCGAGGACAAAGUAAAAGAAGAC